AUGAAGGCGGGGAAGGAUUCCGGGUGCUACGGCCGUCUCUCCUACGACGAGCCGCACCCGACGGUGCACUCGUACCACAAGCCGCACUGGCACCCGAGCCUCGUGCCGUACGCGCCGCGAGUGAUGAGCGUCAGAGAGAAGGCGCGCAUUCAGGGGUUCCCGGACCGUUUCGUCUUCAAAGGGACGGUGCACCAGCAGUACAAGCAGAUCGCCAACGCGGUGUCGCCGCAGCUCACCAAGGCGCUCGCGCGGUCGAUC